AUGGCUGAAAACACCUGUGGGCCGUCAAAUGCCCUCCAAAAUAUACAGAAGCAUAGCUCCCACGACAGAACACUCCAGCAGGAUAGAUUAAUCUCCCGGCAGCCUUUUUUUCAAGGACUUAGGCCGUUAUCACACAAAACAUCUAGCUCUGCCAAAAUAGAGUUCGAAGCUUUUCAAAAUGACCAAUUAUUCCCCGAACCCACUAUUGAAUCACAGGCAUUUUCAUGCUUACCACCAAAAUCAACGCAUCCAGGGAUCCCAAACUGGGCCUCAGAUUUUCAACAAUUAUCCUUAGUACAACCGCAGCUACAUACCUCUACAUUUCAGGUUUCUCAAACGCAAGGAUAUCAUGGCACCGAUGAACAGCAAUUUCUUAACAAAAACAUUCCAACAUCAACAAGCUUAAAAGGAUUCAGAAGUAUGGGGCUAUCUUCUAACUACGGAUUUAAUUAUGGCGAAAUGAACCGUGAAAGUAAUACACUAUACUAUCAAACUAUGGAGAAAACCUACGAAGCAGAAGAAUUUGCCAGAGCUUUUGAUGAAGUAGCUCUUUCUUACUCACAAACGAUGCUUGAAAGUCAUCAGGAGAAUCAGGCUGAAACUUGCCUAGAUGAGCCUAUGGAUGAAUCCACUGAUGGAACACUAUCCUUGGAAGACAACAUACAUCUGACCCAAGCUAGAAUUGGUGCCGACAUAGUUGAUGACGAAAAACUAUCAGAUGAAGAAGAAUCUAAUUGCUUAUCAAUAAUCGCAUCCAAGCUCCUUAACAGCUUGAAUCAUGAGCAGAGUUCAAAAUUUCAAAAUAGCCAAUUUCUUGAUUUAAUGCGACAGUUCCGAGAUAAAGAAGCUACCGUCGAGGGAGGCAAAGUUAUAGUCUCACGAAAUAAUUGA